GAAAGUUUGCGAGAACCCUCUCAUUUCUCAAUUGAAAUGAAUUAGUAUUUUUUUAAUUUAUCGUGAUUUAUAAUAUUAUUGUAUUAAUAAAGUUUUUAUGAUGUUAGAAAAAAGUUUAGUUCAGUGUUUUGAAUAACAAAAGUGGACAGAUUUUAAAAAACCCAGCGAUGGAAGACGGGAGGGACCUGAACUCCUCAACGAUAUCCUUCAUUGAAUCCAGCCAGGAGGACUGCGACCGAUGCAGCCAUUUCUUCAAGAGGAACGGCCUCAGCACCAGCUGUGAAGCUGAUAUUUCAGCCAUCGAAUGCCAGUGUGAUCUGACGCCGGGCAGUCUGGAGAUCUGGGUGGAACUCCCAGAUGAGAUCAAGUACGAUGCAUCGCUGGCACCUUUCAAGAGGCUGUACGAGCAGCAGCAUGGCAAAUUGGAAACACCAAUCGAGGGGGAUGAGGGAGACAACCUAUUCGACAAGAAGAUUGCGGAUCUCAGAACUGAAGAGAACGAAGCGCAGAACCUCCAGAAUACGCUCAAGGACAGUGGGAGUAGGUUGAUGGAUCCUCUAAAUACGAAGGCAGAAAAGAAAAUUAAAUCAGAAAGGAAGAAACAGGUGCAAUUCAUAGCUCGUAUCUUCAAGCUAUCAGCGCUGGUCGGCUGCUGGCUGCUGUUGACUGUCUCUCUCAUCAUGAAUAGGGAGAAGCUGGAUGUGGUCCUCCAUACCGCAGUUAAAGAGGGAGAAAUAAAAGAAUACGCCCUGCAGCCUACACUCCAGAGGGCGCUGGUAGCCAUCACCCUCACUGGACCCUUCAGCCAGAGCAGACGGAACGAGAGCGACCACCUACUCUAUAUCUGGCUGCAUAGGGAGUCUGAAGUCCUGGGAUUGGAGCAGAACUCCUCGAUUUGGGCCGUCCAUCUUCAGUCCGAAGAUGUCCUGGACUUCUCACCAAGCACCACGGAGUCCAAAACCCUCGCACUAGAGCAAAGUCAACUGAAGCCACCGAUCUUUAGUGUGGAUAACAGCAGCGACCUCGACCUGUUAUCGUGGGACCAAAUUGAAAAUAAUGGUACAACAGUGACUCUGAAGAUGGCGACAACUAGCAACUGCACGGUUCCUCUCACAGUGAGCUACCAAAUGAACCCUCUGGAUGAGAGAGAUGGGAUCAUAUACUCCACAAUUCUGCUCGCUUCUUUAUAUCUUCUUAUUAUUUUUGAGAUAGUGAACCGGACCAUCGCAGCACUUCUUUCCUCGUCUCUCGGAGUAGCAGUUCUGGCUCUCAGCGGUGCCCGACCUUCCUUGUCUGAGCUGGUCUCUUGGCUGGAUGUGGAGACCCUGCUAUUGCUCUUUAGCAUGAUGCUCCUGGUCGCUAUACUGGCAGAAACUGGGCUGUUCGAUUACCUGGCUGUGGUAGCCUUUGAGGUGACAGGAGGAAGGACGUGGCCAUUGAUAAAUUGCCUAUGCUUCUUCACUGCCUUCUUCUCCACGUUUCUCGACAACGUCACCACGGUUCUUCUCAUGACACCAGUCACUAUAAGGUUAUGCGAGGUGAUGCAGCUGAACCCUGUGCCGGUUCUGAUGUCGAUGGUGAUCUUCAGCAACGUGGGCGGCGCAGCCACGCCGGUGGGCGACCCGCCCAACGUCAUCAUAGCCAGCCACCCCUCCAUGCUGGAGCAGAACAUAAACUUCACGACGUUCACGCUACACAUGGGCGUGGGAAUUCUCCUGGUGUGCGUGCAGACUUACUUCCAGCUGAGGUUCAUGUUCCGGGAUAUGAACAAGCUGAGGCACAGCGUCCCUAGGGAUAUAUUAGAGUUGCGGCAAGAGAUAGCAGUAUGGCGGAGGGCCGCAGCCUCUCUCUCCUCGUACUCCAGAGACGAAGACCUGGUCCGGAGAGCGCUAGAGAAAAAGGUCAAUAAGCUAAACAGUGCACUAGUGAGGAGGGAGGCUGGAGGGGGCACCUCUAAGACAGACCCUAUGUUCUGUUCCACUCUUGCGCAGAUGAAGCAAAAGUACAAAAUCAGGGACAAGCAACUGCUGGUCAAGUCGGCCAUUUGCGUGAUGUUCGUAGUUGUUGUUUUCUUCUUACAUGCUAUCCCCGAAUUGCAGCGUCUCUCGCUCGGCUGGACAGCUCUCCUCGGGGCUCUCUUACUGCUUCUCCUGGCGGAGAGGGAGGAUCUGGAGCCUAUUCUGGCGCGGGUGGAGUGGUCCACACUCCUGUUCUUUGCGGCUCUCUUUGUGUUGAUGGAAGCUCUCUCCAAGCUGGGUCUGAUCGCAUGGAUCGGCAAAAUGACGGAAGCCGUCAUCCUGAGCGUCGGGCAGGAGUCCCGCCUGGCUGUCGCCGUCAUGCUGGUGCUUUGGGUGUCAGGGAUAGCAUCAGCGUUCGUGGACAACAUUCCCCUGACGACCAUGAUGGUGCGAGUCAUGGCCACCCUGGCUGAUCCCAACGGGCUGGGGCUCCCUCUGGCGCCUUUGGCCUGGUCGCUGAGCUUCGGGGCCUGUCUUGGAGGUAACGGCACCCUUAUUGGCGCUAGUGCGAACGUUGUUUGCGCAGGAGUGGCCGAGCAACAUGGCUACCGGUUCACUUUUGUCCAAUACCUCAAAGUAGGGUUUCCCAUCAUGAUUGGAAACCUUUUAGUCGCGUCAGUGUACUUGCUGAUAUGUCAUUGUGCUUUCACGUGGCACUGAUACUGACUUACUUGACUUCAGGUCCUUCUUCUUUUUCUUUUCGUGUCGACAACAAACCUACACAGUGUCAGCCCAAAACUCCGCCACAAGAGUGGCGUUGUCAGUAGCACUCAUCAAAUCCUCCUGAGUGCAGUUGCUUGGGCACUCAGGGCAUGACAUCAGGCUGGUGCUUCAUCGACUGGGGAACAAAACAACAGUCCUCCAUCGCGUUCGGUCUUGAGAUUCGCGCUUGAUCUCGCUCCAGGUCUUGCCGCUUUUCUUCGCCUCGGCACUGAUAUUAGAUAUUAUUAGAUAUUCAAGGGCCGAGGCGUGCACGUGGCCCCCAAAUUCAGGGGCCCCCUAUCCAGAAAUAUCACACCUGUAUUCACAAACAUUAUGAGGUCUCACAGUGCGCGUGGACGCACAGGGUCCCAAAAACUAAUUGAAAGACAAUACUUGAGUGGCGAACCAAUCGCAGAGCUCUAUUCGACGCGUGCGUUUGACUUCGCAUAGCGUUGCUGCGUCACUUAAGCAAGCAUCGUUUGUGAAUACGGGUGUAAAACUAUAAAGGCCCUUUCCCGCGACAAUCCAGUAUUGCCGGGUCACGCAAAACUGGACUGUCGUGUGAACACAGUUUUGCGGGACACUGCAAACGGGAUGUUCGCGUGAACGUUAAUAUUAAAACUCGUAUACCGCUGUGACGAUACUGUGUCAGUAUGACUCCAUUAUGUGUAAAUCAACCUUUAGAGAUGUUUUGUAAAAUAUUUUGAUAUAUUUUAAUAAAUUGUAGAAUACUAGAAAAUAUAAAAUAAACAAGGAUUCUACUAAAGCCCGGUCCGUGAACACGUAGAAUUUUGUCCAAUGACCCCUAGCUACCCAUCCUUAUCGCUGUCGCGACUGUGCGACUGGCACCCGCAGUGAGUGUGCGAGCGCGAUAGCAACAUAAUUACGCGCGAGUGAUAAGGAUGGGUAGCUAGGGCUCAUUGGACAAAAUUCUUCGUGCUCACAGACCAGACUAUACCUGUAUUUUACAAUAAAUUUAGGUACUUAAGCACUUAUUAUGUAGUACGAUACAAAUUUCGAAAUAUUUUUCUGAUUAUGUACAUUUGGCAUCGUGCUUUUAGUUGAUUUCGUGAAAAAUAUUAUUGGCAGGGAGCUCAUUCAUGGGUCCCCUUAAUUGAUAUUUAUUGUCCGUGGCGCAUAUAAAUUUUCUUAAAAAUAACUAAACCUUUGUUUGUCACCUGUCAUCAGCUUUGCAAUGGAGGGAAGUCGAACCGUAACUUCGAACUCCUCUUUUUUUUCUGAUUAAUUUCGUUGCGGGUCCAAUGACAGUUUAACUUUCCCCGGGACAAACUUGACCUUCACUGGUUAGGUUUUUAUUGGCAAAAUGGCCGUUGCUAAAAGUAGAAUGUCUAUGGUCCUUAAGUGUUACAAAAAAUGGAUAUAAAUAUUUACUUAAUUAGAAAAAUACAUGAAUAUUCAGAUACAAGAAUAAAGCAAUGAAACAAUAUAACAAAAAUAUUGUUUAUCUUUUUAUUAUAAUAAAUUUACAUAGGUAAUAAUUAAUACUAAAUGUUAUGUAAAUAAAAUAAUCUAACUGUGAAAUUAUUUUUUUAAAUUUUAUUCGUAAAAAUGAUGUAAUUAUUUUUGAAACCUUGAGUUUAGUAUACAGGGUGUAUUAUAAAAUUCUUGUUAUUAAAUGAACUAUACAUUUUAACGUCAUCCAAUUUUAAUGUGAUAUUUAUUUAUUAUUUGUACAAUGAUAUUUAUAUCUAUCGUCUAACGGUGAGUAUAGACCAGAACAUUUCUAUGUAAUGUUCGUUCUUGCGAAUGGUAACUACAAAACAGGUAACAUAAAUGACUUUUGGUUCGUGACAGGGUGUGACAUAAGACAUUUCAUAGAGCGGCUUGAUGUUCUGUUACAAGUAAAUGCUCUAUAGUCUGGUCUGCAAGCACGUAGAAUUUUGUCCAAUGACCCCAAGCUACCCAUCCUUAUCGCUCGCGCGUAAUUAUGUUGCUGUCGCGCUCGCACACUCAUUGCGGCCGCCCGUCGCACAGUCGCGACAGCAAUAUAAUUACGCGCGAGCGAUAAGGAUGGGUAGCUUGAGGUCAUUGGACAAAAUUCUACGUGCUCACAGACCGAGCUUUAGUGUAUACUCAGCUUAAUGUUUUAACGUAGGUUAGCUCGCCUUGGUUACAAAGCUGAGCUCCUUAGACAAAGUUACAAACGCGACAGAUGUAAUUUCGGAUUCGUUUCGAUCCGGCGUUGUCUUGUAUGUCGUUAUUGUCAUUGUUACUUAGUCUAGCCCUCUGAGAUCGCAUAUCGUUUUAAAUACAAAUCAUCACAACUAUUUUCUAUCAAUAAGUUGCGAUUUAAUAUUUUAGUAAGUUAUGUUUCCGCAGUAUUGUACCUAAAUAAUAUUAAG